CACUACUUUCUCACACAAGAUCCUAAGGCUAGUGAUGCCAUAGUUGCUGUUGUUGUGGCUUUACUUUCCUUUUUCACUGUACUGAUUGGCAUAGGUAUGAUCUAAUCCCAGAUUGCAUAAGAAUAAUAUUUUGGGGUAACUGAAAUCCAAAAUUUACUCUUCUUCUUUGUCAAGGGAGGAUGUACCUUGGAAUGCAUAGCUUGAUAGAUGUAGUGGCUGGAAUCAUCUUUGGAGUUCUUCUCCUUGCUCUUUGGCUCACAGUUCAUGAACAUGUUGAUGGCUUCAUUACAACUGGCCACAAUGUCACUUAUUUUUGGGCAAGUUUAUCAUUCUUGUUAUGCUUUGCCUAUCCUACUCCAGAAUUACCUACCCCAAGUUUCCAAUACCAUACAGCCUUUAAUGGGGUUGCAUUUGGACUGGUAAGUGGAAUCCAGCAAACACAUCUCCACUCUCAACCAGAGAAUAUUCAAAUCUUAUUUAGUUCUGAACUUUCAAUUGCAGUCUUCUUAGGAAGACUGUCGGUUGGCAUUCCAACCAUACUAGUUACUAAGAUUUGCAGCAAAGCUGUUGCUCAGAAGUUGCUCCCUAUGGUAUGCAACACUUUGAGCAUCCCAAUUAUAUCAUCAUGUUAUGUCCCAGAACUCAAGGGCAGAUCUAAGGGCAAGCCAUCAGGCCAUCUAGCUAGAAGGGUCGGGUUUGGGCGACAGGAAGCAUACAAUGUUGACACUGGAAUAAGGUUUCUGCAAUAUGCUGGUCUCGCAUGGUCUGCAGUGGUCUUGGUUCCUGCAUUCUUCUCUCUUCUCAGACUGUAGUAGUAAGAUUAAAUUGUAAUCCACUGGAAAUGACAGUUUCCCAGGUUCCAAAUAUGGAGUUAUACUUGUUUGUGAAAUCAAUGUACAUAAGAAAAAUGAGUGUUACCUAGGACACCUAUGUUUGCACUUACAUGGUUAGUCGGACA